AUGGCGGCGGCGAGCACCGGGCCGUACCGCCGGGAGCGGAGCCUGCCCCUGCGGAGCAGCGCCUCGGCCCUGUACAACAACCUGGCCGUGCUGUGCCCUCCCUCCCGGCCCCCGACCUUCGGAGCCGUGCACGCCACCGCCCUCAGCCUGCUGGGCGGCGAGGGGCCCCCCCGGCAGCUGCAGGUCCGCGGGGGGGGCUCGGCGCUCAGCACCCCCCUGCUCACGCAGGCCGCGUGGUGCGAGCUCCCGUCGCGGGUGCUGCUGGUGCUCACCUCGCAGCGCGGGGUCCAGAUGUACGAUUCCGACGGCUCCACCAUGGUGUUCUGGCACGCCCUGGACGUCCCGGAGCAGCCGGCAGCACAUUCCGUGUUCGCCCGAGGCAUCGCCGCAGCCGGCGGCCGCUUCGUCUGCGUGGGGACAUCCUUUGGGGCCGUGCUGGUGUUUGACAUCCCCCCGAAAGGGACCAACGUGACGCUGAGCGAGGUCCUGGAGCAGCACCGGGAUCCCGUCACCGACAUCGCCGCCGAGCAGGGCCAGGCCCCGGACGGGGCUGGGGACCUGGUGACGGCCGAUGACUCGGGGACCCUCUGCCUCUGGAGCAGCGGGGAGGAGUUCACCCUGCUGGGGGUGAUCCCGGGAUCUGGCUCCACGUGCUCCUCGGUGAGGCUGUGGAACGGGAUCGUGGCUGCGGGCUAUGGCGACGGGCAGAUCCGGCUGUGGGAAGCGGGCUCGGGGCGGAUCCGUGCCCAGGUGAGCGCCCACGCCCGCUGGAUCUACGCGCUCGACCUGGCCCCGCUCACCGGCAAGCUGCUGUCGGGUGCGGAGGAUUCCUUUGUCCACGUCUGGGAGCUCAGCAGGAACCCGGACACCGACGACAUCGAGAUCCAGCACUGCCACGCCGAGCGCGUGACGGACACGCAGGUUUGUGGCGCCCGGUUCUGUGACCCCGCCGGGGACACCUUCGCCGUCACGGGCUACGACCUGAGCGAGAUCCUCUGCUACGGCUCCGUCUGAGCCGGGAGCGCCGGGAACGCCGGGAACACCGGGAAUACCGCGGCCGUGGGUGAGGGGUGAGCACAGACCCCGCUCCGGCUCCGUGGGGGGAGCCCGGCCUGGAUCCCCCCCGAGGGCUGGGAGUUGCUCCGGCUCCACCACCCCGAGGGGAUCCUCCCAUGGCUCCCAGCGGCUCCGGGAUCCUCCCGUGGCCUCCCGCCCUUCCCGGAGGGCGGCGUGGCUGGGAACGGAGCCGGCUCAGACGGGAGGAUCCCGGGGAAACCUGCGCUACGUGCUGGGAGAGCCCCGAGCCCAGCCCGGCGUGCCGGGGUGCAGCGCCCGCCGGCCGCGGCUGCU